AGAAGACAUCCUGUCCUGUCCGACCGAGAUGCUUGCAAAUGAGAGAAAGUCGAAGGCACGCUUCGACGUCGGUGGAAGCAUCAGACAUGCAUCCACGCGAUCCACGACACAUGACACAGAGUUGGUACCAGCAGUGUCGCACAACAGUGAACUCCGACGAAGACAUCUCAUCCACGUGACAGAUUGUGACAAAGCCACGAAGGAAUUGCAAUACAUCUGGCACGACCCACCCGCCAAUGCACCAAACAUCGACGAGAACGGCGAUGUUUCAUGGGGACCUGUCAUUCUAUGUGCUGCCAUCACGUGGGAUGAUUUCCAAAGAUGGCUCAACCGCAACGAAGGACGAGUGAGACGAUGGGUCUUUGAGCCCCUUGCAGAUGGAACGGGAAAAGGACGAGUGGUCAUGUACAGCAUCCCAUCGUUCGUUCACUCGAAAACCGCAGGUCGAAUCGCAACCAUCAUCCGCGAUCAAGUCGGAAGGGCCGGGAAUGACAUUGGCCUGUUGGAUACUGUUGAAAUGGCGACGGAUCCAACAUGCCGCACUGGACAGCACGGUCAAGAGCCAGAAAUUUGUCUUUUUCCUGCGGGUCUGGCAGUUGGAGGCGCGGUGCUGGCGGCUGCAAACAACCAUCCAUAUCCCAAUGUCAUUGUUGAGAUCGCGUACAAGAAUGAAAGCCUCGGUCGUCUCCGUGCGAAACUGGAACGUUGGAUGGACAACACUUCUGUCCAGGUCGCGAUUGGAAUCAAAAUCAAUGCUAUCAACGCCGACCGAGUGGCCAUCUUGUGCCAGCGAGGUCAGCCCAAUCAAGAAGUGCCGUUUGGUCAUCCUCAUUUGCCUCCGCUUGCGAUUUCGUUUCCACUUGCUCUUAUCUACACUGGUGUUGCAAUACCACCGGCUUUGGCAGCCCUCGCAAAUCCCCAUAUUUCCAUUGACCUGAUUGCCUUGCGGACGUUUAUCGAUGGAAUCCUCUUCGACGAAGCUGCAGCACACUAGCCCUACUGGUAGUAGACCAAGCUCUUCCAACACAGAUGCAUUGAUUUCACCAA